AAGUUUAUUCUUUUGGCCUAAAUUAGAUGUAAUAAAAAAUGGUUGUCCACGCUUCAGGCGCAGAGAAAACUAUGCCACUCCCAACAGCUGGAAAAUAUCCGGGCGGCGAGAAGUUUCAACCUUCAGCUCCGUCACUUCCAUCCGCCCCGCCUUAUUCAACGGUGGUUCCAUGUAAAACAAGAAAACCACGUAAAUGCUGCAUGGUAUCCAGCAUUGUUUGCAACUUGCUCUUGUUGGCAGUUGUUAUUAUUCUGGGCAUCGUGAUGAUUACACACGUUAAGCGAAGUAAAUGCGCCAACAAAGUUUACAGAGAUACACAGAGAUAUAAUAAAGAAAACUAUCUCUACCAGGUCAUUGGAUGUGAUGUAAUGAACACUAUGAAAAUGGAAGGACCGAUUGAUAGGAUGUUAGACGACAUAAAAGAAAAACAGGAGGAUGAAGAUGACAAGCCUCUGGACUACGGAGGUAAAAGUCCAAAAGGCAGAAGACCAAAACACAGAGGAAGAAGAGGACCUUAAAGAAAUACUGAGUGAAAGCGUAAACAUUUGACCAACUAUAGUACAUAUUGAUUUUUAUUAUUAGUUAGAGUCAAUCAGGAAGCAUUAAUCGAUGAUACAAUAAAAAUGAAAAUAAUUUAUUGGUGUCCAUUAAAUGAUUACUUAUCGAUCUUGAUCGGUAAGU